UGGGUUGCACUAAAACAAAAAAAGCAUUGUUCUCCCUCACUGAUUGCUUCUUGAACUGUAAGAAAUGAGAAAAAUAAGAUAAGGCACAACCGAAAGCAGAAUCCAUUAUUCAGCCAAAACAAAAAGCGAAUAUCCAAGGAGCUUCCUCUCGCUCACUCCGUUUCCCUGCACGGCACCGGACGCGGUGGCCCACGCUUCUUAAUACUGCGGCCCCAACACUGACUUUGGACGACGAUUACGCCGUUAUCGUUUCCAAUAUAUAUAUGUUAAUUAUUUAUUGCAUAUCUGCUUCCACGUCGUAACAGACACUCUUACUACGCGGAUCUCCAUCUCCUCCUUCCCUCCCCUCCACCGAUCUGUUCGUUAUAUAACAAUAAAUUCUCUCCGUCGCUUUCGUCUCUUUUUACAUCAAAACGAGACAACAGAAGCAGCUGAAGAAGAAGAAGAAGAAGAAGAAGAAGAGUCUCUCUCUCUCUUGGAGGAGGAACAACUGAACAACAUGGAGAAGCCUUUGCUUGGAGAAACUAGCGGCGAUGGCAGCUUCAAGGAACGAGAUCAAACGUCGACGUUUAAUCGCCGCUCUGAUGCUAUCACUCGCGGAUCUCGUUUUCAGAAGGCUGCUGCUCUCGUCGAUCUUGCUGAGGACGGAGUUGGUCUACCUGAGCAAAUUCUUGAUCAAUCAAACUUUGAAAGCGUUGCGAAAUUCUACUUUAUCUAUACUCAAUUUGAUAUCAUUUGGACUCUCAAUUACUUUGCAUUGAUAGUACUCAAUUUCUUGGAGAAACCUUUAUGGUGUUUAAAUUAUCCUGCUCAUUCUUGUGAGAAUGCUAGGGACUACUACUUUCUUGGGCAGUUGCCUUACUUAACUGCUGCAGAAUCUCUUAUUUAUGAGGGCAUAACACUCGUUAUACUCAUAGCGAAUAUUUUCUUUCCAAUUUCAUAUGAAGGGUCCCGUAUCUUCUGGAGAAAUCCUUUGAAUCUGUUGAAGGUCAUUUGCCUAUCAAUUUUGGUGGCUGAUUUAGUGGUUUAUUCUCUCUAUUUGUCUCCUGUGGCCAUUGAUUAUCUUCCUGUCAGGAUUGCCCCAUAUAUAAGAGUUAUCCUUUUUAUCCUGAGCAUUAGGGACUUGCAGAAUGGCAUCAUCAUACUGGCUGGAAUGCUUGGAACGUACGUAAAUGUCUUGGCUCUGUGGCUAUUAUUUCUUCUGUUUUCCAGUUGGUUAGCGUAUGUCAUGUUUGAAGAUACCCAGCAGGGGAAAACAGUUUUUACUUCAUAUGGCACCACAUUGUAUCAGAUGUUUGUUUUAUUUACAACAUCCAACAAUCCAGAUGUGUGGAUACCUGCAUACAAGGAUUCCCGUUGGUAUUGCCUGUUUUUUGUUCUCUACGUGCUACUGGGUGUGUACUUUGUCACAAACUUGAUCCUUGCUGUUGUAUAUGAUAGCUUCAAAGGUCAGGUAAAGUCACAAGUUUCUGCCUCCAUGAGAAUGGAAGAAAGAAUGUUGAUGAAAGCCUUCAACCUCAUUGAUAAGUAUAAUGUUGGAUAUCUUAAUAAGGAGCAAUGUAUUCAUUUGUUUGAAGAACUUAACAAAUACAGGACCCUGCCAAAAAUAUCAAGAGAAGAAUUCGAGUUGAUAUUUGAUGAGCUGGAUGAUACUCGUGAUUUCAAGAUCAACUUGGAAGAAUUUGCUGACCUUUGCAAUGCAAUUGCUCUUAGAUUCCAAAAAGAAGAUGUUCCGUCUAUCUUUGAGAAUUGUCCUUCAAUCUACCUUUCAGCAUUCUCUGAAAAUCUGAAAGCCUUCGUAAGGAGCCCCAUAUUUGGCUAUAUAAUAUCCUUCAUUCUUCUUGUGAAUCUGAUUGCCGUUAUCAUCGAAACAACGCUUGAUAUAGAAAAUAAUUCUGCUCAAAAAGUGUGGCAGGUGGUGGAAUUUGUCUUCGGUUGGAUCUACGUUCUGGAAAUGGCACUAAAAGUAUACUCUUUUGGUUUUGAGAACUACUGGAGGGAUGGUCAAAAUCGUUUUGAUUUUCUGAUCACAUGGGUAAUAGUUAUUGGAGAAACUCUAACUUUUGCAUCGCCUCAUGGACUCACUUUUCUUUCAAAUGGAGAAUGGAUUCGUUACCUUCUCCUGGCAAGAAUGUUAAGAUUGAUAAGGUUGUUGAUGCAUGUCCGAAGUUACCGAGCUUUUGUGGCCACAUUCUUAACCCUCAUACCAAGUUUGAUGCCAUAUCUGGGCACAAUAUUUUGUGUACUAUGUAUCUAUUGUUCUCUUGGUGUACAGAUCUUUGGUGGACUUGUCAAUGCUGGGAACCCCAAUCUGGAAGACACAGAUCUUGCUGAUUCUGAUUAUAUACUAUUCAAUUUUAAUGACUAUCCAAAUGGAAUGGUGACACUUUUUAAUCUGCUAGUGAUGGGAAAUUGGCAAAUUUGGAUGCAGAGCUAUAAGGACUUGACAGGAAGCUCUUGGUCCCUUGCAUAUUUCAUCAGCUUCUACCUUAUAACUGUUCUACUGCUUUUGAAUUUGGUUGUUGCUUUUGUCCUGGAGGCAUUCUUUGCUGAAAUGGAACUAGAGAUAGGCGAAGAUAAGGAUGAAAGAGAUGCAAGGCCUCGGCACCGAUAUGUUGGCACAAAAACUCGUAGUCAAAGAGUUGAUAUGCUCCUCCACCAUAUGUUGAGCUCAGAGCUCGGUCAAAAUCAGUCCUCUGAACCAUAAACUCCUUUUAAUCUGUAAUUCUGGUUAGUGAAUUUAAUGACAGCGUCUCUUGCCAAGUAUUCUUUACGUGAUGUGAUGUAUUUAAAUCUUAUUGAAAUCUUCAUUGC